AUGUUUAAGAACUUCAAAGAGAAACAUGCCCCCUUCUUUGAGUCCAAACAAUCCGAUAAAUCUGCCUCUGCGGCUAGUGACCGCGGCCAAGAUCUGACGUCAAUCUUGGACCGGUCGCAACGAGCUGACCUCACAAUCCUCGUGGCGGAGAUUGUGGAAUCAAUGAGAGGCAGAAUUUUGGAGAAUUUUGAAACUCCAACGGAAAAUUCAGAGAAUAUUUCGCAGCCAGCUCAGUCUGGAACAGAUAAGGAACAUGACGAUGACACUGGUCCGCCACUUCCUCCUAGAUCGGAGGGUAAUGAUUUGCCAGCAGAGGAGAAGAAACCACAAGCCUCCAAAUCAGAUAUCAAAAAUCAAGCUUUGAAAGCUCAAGCCAAGAAGUCAGCACUUUCUCACUUCGAAGAUUGGAGAGAUGCAGUGCUACUACGCAUUGGGGAGGUUGUGAACAAAGACGAGGAACCUUCAGCACAGGCGGAAAAAGAUCCCGUUACGCAGUCAGAUGAAAUACCUCUUGACGAGGAUAUUCAGCGAAAGGAGAAACUGGCUGAGAUAUACUCUCCUGUGGAAUCUCCAUUAGCCCAACUUCCCAAGGCGACACGGUUACUCAUUUUAAAUUCUUUGCUUCUAUUGCUUCUCAGCUUGGAGCAUUACAGUGCCUACUCGCGCGUGUUGAUGCUCCAUGUUGCGUCCAGCCUGGACAUAGACGUCAAGGUGCUAAAUGACAAUGAAACAAAAGUGGCCCGUGGACUCCUCGACACCGCAUUGGCACUAUCUGAUCCGGAAGCCAAACAACAAACUAAGAAAAGCGACAACUCUCGCAAAUGGAAAGUCGGAAUUGCCUCGGUCGCUGGUGCUACUUUGAUUGGUCUUACUGGUGGUCUGGCUGCUCCAUUAGUAGCAGCUGGCCUCGGGACGAUUAUGGGCGGGCUUGGUCUGGGUGCGACCGCUGCUGCAGGGUACCUCGGUGUCCUUGCGAGUAGCAGUGUGAUUGUCGGUGGACUUUUUGGCGCAUAUGGGGGCCGAAUGACAGGUCGUAUGAUGGACAAGUAUGCGCGGGAAGUGGAAGAUUUUGCUUUCAUGCCUAUUCGUGGUGAGCGCAAGCGGUUGAUUAAGGAAAGUGAUGCUGCGCGACAGGAUCAUCGGUUGCGCAUCACUAUUGGCGUUACCGGCUGGGUUAAAGAAGAGUCUGACUUCGUGGUUCCCUGGCGAGUCAUCGGUGCUGACUCGGAAGUGUUUGCGCUGCGCUGGGAGACGGAGUCAUUGAUGAAUCUUGGAAAUGCGAUCUCUUCGCUGGUCACUAGUGCAGCAUGGUCUGUUGCGGGAAGACAGGUUCUAGCGCAUACUGUGUUUUCCACGCUUAUGAGCGCUGUCAUGCUGCCGCUGGGUCUGAUGAAGGUGGCCAGGGUUGUCGACAAUCCUUUCAGCGUUGCAAAGGCUCGAGCUGACAAGGCUGGCGAGGUGCUAGCAGACGCACUGAUCAGCAAAGUCCAGGGUGAACGGCCGGUAACGCUCAUCGGAUAUUCUCUGGGUUCUCGGUUAAUUUUCUCGUGUCUUCAGAAUUUGGCCAAGAGAGAUGCAUACGGACUAGUCGAGUCUGUAAUCUUGAUGGGAUCCCCGACCCCAUCUGAUGCGGACUAUUGGCAGCGUAUCCGCAGCGUCGUCAGCGGUCGAGUUGUAAAUGUCUAUUCGGAGAAUGACUCCGUCCUCGCUUUUCUCUAUCGCACCUCAAGUCUUCAGCUUGGCAUUGCGGGAGUGCAGAAAGUCGAGAAUGUGUCAGGUAUUGAUAAUAUCAAUGUGAGCGAGAUGAUCAGCGGCCACCUUCGGUACCAGUUCUUGCUGGGAAAGAUCAUUGAAUUGAUCGGAUUGCAAGACAUUGAUAUUAGUGAGGUAGCACGCGAGGAAGCUGCUCUUGAGGCUGAGGACAGAAAGCAAGAGGAAGAACGUCUUCAGAAUCAGCAAAAAGCAGGGGUGAAAGAUCCGGAUUCUUCCGCUGCACAGGAGGCUAUCAACAAACAAGAUGGCUUUGAUGAAGAGACGCGAAUGCAAAAGGAAGUUGAUACACGGACCGAGGAGCAUCUGACGGUCCAUCGAGUCCAUAAGUUGGAUUUAGAUGAUGACUAUUCUACACCACUGCCAGAUCAACCUGGCAAACAUGCAGCUCUUUAG